GAAGCUCUUCCUCCCUGGCUGAACGAGGAUCGCCCGCCAUCAUUAACGACACCGUUACUAUCCGGACCAGAAGUUCAUGACUAACCAACUACUUCAGAGGAAGCAAAUAGUCAUUGAUGUCCUUCACCCUGGGAAGGCAACAGUACCAAAGACAGAAAUCAGAGAAAAACUAGCCAAAAUGUACAAGACCACACCUGAUGUCAUCUUUGCAUUUGGAUUCAGAACUCACUUUGGUGGUGGGAAGACAACGGGCUUUGGCAUGAUUUACGAUUCUUUGGAUUAUGCAAAGAAAAAUGAACCCAAACAUAGACUUGCAAGGCAUGGCCUGUAUGAGAAGAAAAAGACAUCAAGAAAGCAGUGAAAGGAACGCAAGAACAGAAGGAAGAAAGUCAGGGGGACUGCAAAGGCUAAUGUUGGUGCUGGCAAAAAGGAGAAGGACUAAAGACUCUACAGUGAUGUUAUCUGCAGCCAUUGUAUAGAUUUUUCACAAGAGAAUUAAUAAAGACUUUUCAUGUGAAAAAAAAUAAAUAAAUAAAA